GCCAGGCUUCAGCGGGAAAGAGGAGAGUGAGAGGGAAAAAAAAGGACAAGGACAACCAGAGGCAUGGAGACAGAAGGAACUGCAGCAUCUUCCGAGAGGCAGCUCUGUGACCUGCGGAGCCGUGAACGCCACUGAAAGAUGAUUGUUCUUCAGCAUCCCGUGGUCAUCUCUACAAGACAUCUGAAAAGUUAAAGAGAUCACAUUGGAAGAAUCGUGGGUAUGCAGACUCAGGCCUCCAUGGUGAUGGGCAUCGUCUUCGCCCCCUUAGGACUGGUCCUGCUCUUCACCGCAGCCAUCACGCCCCAAUGGAGAGAAGGCCAGACCCGUCUGGGCCUUGCCAGGCCGGGCUCGCUUCUCCGAACCAUCGUGAAAAGCAACGGUCAAGCUGGGGUCAAGUCGGGGUCUGUGGACUCGCUCCUCUUAGUGCGCUCUGACGGACUUUGGGAGAGCUGUCUUCAAGUGGAGCACUCUGAGCUGAAGCAGUGCUGGCCGGUGGCGGGGUCCUAUCAGCGGGACCGGAGGGUCCGCCUGGCGCAAGGCUUGGUGCUGACCUCCUUGUUCCUGUGCGGCACCGGCAUCGUUCUUGCCUGCAUCGGCGUCCGCUGUUGGACGGAUCUACCGCUCCGAGGGGUGGCGGCCACGGGUGGCCUCCUGGUGGUGAUGGCGGGGGUGCUCAGCAUGAGCGCCUUGGUGGUCUACACCCACAACCUGAAGAGGCUUGGGAUGGAAGGCGCCCGGCAGGAAGUCCACAACACCCGCUUACCUCAGCUGAGCUUGAGCCCGGCCGGCUCGCUCUACUUCGGCUGGCUGGGUUCAUGCUUACAAGUGCUGGGAGGGGGCGCGCUCGUGUUCAGUUUCAAGCGAGCCAGAUGCCAAACUUGCCCGGAGUUCGCCGCCUGCCCCGCUUGUCGCCGCUGCUCACAGAUUCACAACAAGCCUGACUCCGAUGUUUAUGAAGUCAGCUGUUAGCUUCGAUUUUGGCCUUUCGCUUGCAUCCAGUGAUUCAGUGAGUUGUGCAGUCGCUGCUGUCAUUUGUCAAGCCAGACUUUGUUCGUUGUUGCAGGACUGGAGACUGAUCUUCCAAUGUUUAUUCUCGUGCGGCCUUCUACAACCAUGCUUUGUACUGUUAGAAGGGUAUUGUACUUUAUUUAUUUUUAUUUUUUGAAUAGUGCCUACUGUAUCAUCCACAAUGUGAGACAAGAAUACAUGUCUUUCCCUUAUUUGGGUGUUCUAAAUAACAAAAAACUGCUAGUAAGAAGCGGCUAAUGCUGAUACAAUCGAUACAGUCUAUAAAGCCCUCUAAAAAAAAACAUCCGGUAACACUUUAGUAUGGGGAACAUAUUCACCAUUAAUUAGUUGCUUAUUAACAUGCAAAUUAGUAACAUAUUGUCUCUUAAUUAGUAUAUCAUCGGCCGUUAAAUGCUUUAAAAUGUAAUAUGGGAAAUUAUCGGUAUAGGUUUCAAAAUUAUCGGUAUCGGUUUCAAAAAGUAAAAUGUAUGACUUUUUAAAACGCCGCUGUGUACAAGGACGUAGGGAGAAGUACAGAGCGCCAAUAAACCUUAAAGGCACUGCCUUUGCGUGCCGGCCCAGUCACAUGAAAUCUACGGCUUUUCACACACACAAGUGAAUGCAAGGCGUACUUGGUCAACAGCCAUACAGGUCACACUGAGGGUGGCCAUAUAAACAACUUUAACACUGUUACAAAUAUGCGCCACACUGUGAACCCACACCAAACAAGAAUGGCAAACACAUUUCGGGAGAACAUUCGCACCAUAACACAACAGAACAAAUACCCAGAACCCCUUGCAGCACUAACUCUUCCGGGACGCUACAAUAUACACCCCCCGCUACCCCCUCAACCUCGCCCACCUCAACCUCCUCAUGCUCUCUCAGGGAGAGCAUGUCCCGAAAUUCCAAGCUGCUGUUUUGAGGCAUGUUAAAAAUAAUAACGCACUUUUUGACUUCAAUAACAAAUAUGGCAGUGCCAUGUUGGCAUUUUUUUUCCCAUAACUUGAGUUGAUUUAUUUUGGAAAACCUUGUUACAUUGUUUAACGCAUACAGCGGGGCAUCACAACAAAAUUAGGCAUAAUAAUGUGUUAAUUCCACGACUGUAUAUAUCGGUAUCGGUAAUUAAGAGUUGGACAAUAUCGGUAUAUCGGAUAUCGGCAAAAAAGCCAUUAUCGGACAUCUUUAUUUAUAAGUCAUUAUUAAGUACUUAUUAAUGCCUUAUUCUGCAUGGCCUUAUUAUACAACCAGUAAGCCAUUAACUAAGAGUCUUCCCUCAAUAACAUCAGAAUUAUUGCUUAUUAGUACUAAGUAAGGAAGUUGUUGUAUAUGAUUCUCCCUUUAAUACCACUUAAUGAAUAGUAGGGUUAGGGUUAGGGUCAACCCUAACCCUAACCCUAGUGUCCAAAUAACUCUAAAUUAAGUCUUUGUUACUUAGAAUAUGUUCCCCAUACUAAAGUGUUACCAAACAUCCAAAACCGUUUUGUAUACAUGCUGUAACUACGUAUGUACUGUACUGUAGUAACAGGCACAUUCAUAAUAAUAUGUAGUAUUUACUGUAUUUGAGGUCUUUUUUAGCCGUUACCGUAACUCAGGGGUGUCAAAAGUACGGCCCGCGAACAGGUUUUAUCCGGCCCGCAGGAUGAAUUUGCUAAGUAUAAAAAUGAGCCGAAAUUUUUGAAUGAAAGAAGCUGCUGUUCUAAAUGUGUCCACUAGAUGUCGCAAUAGCAAUUCUUUGUAUCUUCGUAGAUGACGCUAUAUAUGUAAAAAAUAAAAUAAAAUAAAUAAACCACAUGAUGUUAGUGCAUCAGUCGAGGAAAAUGAGCAAACUACAUAAAUAACAUCCUGUAAUUUGAUUUUGAUAUUUUUUCAUCUUGAUAGAUUGAAAAAUAACAGCAAUGAGUUGACUGAUGAAAAUUAUCACAUAAUUUAUUCAAAAAGUAUAAAUAAUGACAAAUAAAGAUAGAAUACUAUUAACCGCAACAUGUAAGUGUAAAAAAAAAAACAUUAUGAUUUGUACAUUUUCAGAAUGUGCUUGUUCUAUUUUUAAACAAAGAAAACAAUCUGAAGUCGUCUUUAUUUUUCAGUUAUCGUGCCGUGAUUUUACCAGUCCGGCCCACUUGGGAGUAGAUUUUUCUCCAUGUGGCCCCCCCAUCUAAAAUGAGUUUGACACCCCUGCCGUAACUUCUUUCCUGGGCGCAUUGGUUUCGAAGAGCGCCUGGCAAGGAAAGCUACUUCCGUCCACAACAAUAACAGAGAGCACUUUGCAUGUUUGUCAUCACUCGGUGAGGGUUCUCGGAGUGUUAUCAUGUAGCACUAUUGCUCGCCGUUUCAAAUAAGCACAUGCAAAAGGUCUACCAAACAACUUUCAAAACAGUUUUGUUGAAAGAGAAAGUCAUUGGAAUUGAAAAGGAACGGAGAUCUUUAAUGAGUUGAGAUUUAGAAAAGUGACAAUGGAAAUAAGCAUUUCAAUCAGAGGUGGAGAAUAACUAUGUAUUUAUUUAUGUAAUUAAAAAACAAAACAAAAUUAUGAUGAUGAAAAUAUGAUUUGAAGUAAAUUAUUGUUGUUUUAAUGUUUGUUUUGUUGUAUUUAAUAUUGCCUUAACAGUAUUCUGAGUUGAACAACAAAUGUAACUGUGUGCAAAGGGGGCAGAUAAUACAGCUUUAUACUUCUUUCUGCAUGAUUUCUUUUAGCCUCUUAAGGCCCAAGCUGUUUGUUUACAUGCUUUUUUUUUUCUCUCUCUUUGCUAUUCGGGCUUAUUGGACCCUAAUUAGAAUAAAAACUAAGAAUCAUCUUUUGAUAUGAUGUACUUAGUCCAUAAGUAACAAACGUGCACUUCAUGUUUAGUGACAUGCUAAUUCUUAUUUUUACACUUUUUUUUCUUCCAAAUUCCAUUGUAUGUUGUACUCUUCUGACACCACCAGAUGGCAGUAUAAGUGUCCACAUAAGACCCCAAUUCAGUAGUGUACACAAUUUUGGAAAUAAGAGCUAAAAGAUGCUGUCCACGUAUGUGGCCACUAGGCCUUUAGAGGUUUUUAAUGUUGAUUGUUUUUUGUUAGACCUUGAAUGAAUGAAACAAAAACAAAAUUGGAUA